AAAAAGAUUAUUUGUAUCGCUCAUAAUGCGAAAGCGUUCGACGCGCAAUUCAUUUUAAAGUAUUUAGUAGAAGAAUCCGAAAUUACGGAAGAACCGCGGGUAAUUUUGAACGGGACGAAGAUUAUCGUAAUGACGGUCGGGAAUACGAAAUUUAUAGAUAGUGUCAAUUAUUUACCGAUGCGUUUGGCCGAUUUACCCAAAGCUUUCGGGCUGAAGGAUACGUCGGACAAAGGCAACUUUCCUUACCUGUUCAAUACGAGGGAAAAUCAAUCGUAUAUCGGCCCGAUACCUGAUGCGCGAUAUUAUUCUCCCGAUCAAAUGAAGCCCGAAGAACGAAUGCGAUUUACAAACUGGCACGAUGAGAUGAUACGCGCAAAUUUUAUUUUUAAUUUUCAACAUGAAAUAGUAAAAUAUUGCCGUAACGACGUAGAAAUUCUUCGACGCGCAUGCAUGGCGUUUAGAAAAAUUUUUUUGGAACGUGGUAAUGUGUGUCCGUUCGAGGAAUGUACAACUAUCGCUUCCUCGUGCAUGAAAGUUUUUCGCAAAAACUUUUUGCGCGAGAAAGAAAUAGGAAUCAUUCCUCCGGGCGGAUAUAGAAAUGCGGAUAAACAAUCGCGAAAAGCCUUAAAGUGGUUAGUGUGGAAGGAGCGUGAGCUCGGUCAUCGCAUAAUUCACGCGGGACGAGGGCGCGAGUACGAGAUUGAUGGCAGGCGCGUUGACGGAUACUACGAAUCGGAAUCGGCAGACGGAAUACAACGUUACGUACUUCAAUUCCACGGAUGUUUCUGGCAUGGAUGUCCGACGUGCUUUCAGGUGAAUCGCGACAGAACGCUUUCGUCCACGAAUCGUGGAGAUACGAUCGACGCGCGUUACGAACGAACUCUCGCAUCGACAUAUCGUCUACGAAAACGGGGAUAUCACGUGAUAGAGAAAUGGGAGUGUAACUUUGAUCGGGAAAUGCGUGAAAAUCUUGAGAUGCGUGAUUUUCUCAAAAAUCACACGCUAUUAAAAUCUGAUCCUCUCGACCCGCGCGAUGUGUUUUUCGGCGGUCGUACGGGAAACAUCGCUACCCGCUAUGAAAUUACGGGUACAGAGAAAAUACGUUAUGUGGACGUAUGCUCUUUGUAUCUGUAUGUAUUGAAAACGGGUGCUUUCCCAUACGGUCACCCCGAUUAUGUCGGUGAGGACUGUAACGAGUUAAUUGGUGAAGCGCCAAAUUUUAAUUUUGACUCGGUCGAAGGUCUUGUACGCUGCAAGGUGCUCCCGCCGCGUAAUCUCUUUCAUCCGGUACUCCCGUAUCGAGUAAGAGGAAAGCUGCUUUCCGCACUGUGUCGAAGCUGCUGUGAAACUUUCUCGCAGGAAACGUGCACUCACGAUAGUCCCGACGAGCGUGAAUUCGAAGGUACUUGGGUAUCCUGCGAAUUACGCAAAGCCAUCGAGAAGGGCUAUCUCGUGACGAGCGUUAGUGAAAUUUGGCAGUAUAAAGUCACACGAUACGAUCCCAAUACUCGGCAGGGAGGUUUGUUUGCCGAAUAUAUAAAUACAUUUCUACAAUUAAAGCAGGAAGCUAGUUGA